UACGAGCCGCGCUGCUCUUUUCCUCCCCGUGCCGGACGUUUUCUUCCCCCGGCUGGUUUUGCACCGGAGCCGCCGCUGCCCGACAUCCGGCAGGGCGGCCGCUCCAGCCCCGGGAAGGGAAGGGAAGGGAGGCGGGACCUCCUCCCGCGGCCAUGGAGCAGCGCGGCCCGGGGCCCGCCGUGCUGGUCACCACCAGGCAAAUUCAGAAUACRCACACAGGGCUGGAUUUGUCAGUGCCAGAAUACCAGGAAAUCCGGGGGAAGAUGAUGUCUGGCCAUGUCGAGUAUCACAUUGUCGUCGUUACCCGACUGGCUGCCUUCAAAUCAGCAAAGCACAAGCCUGAAGAUGUGGUUCAGUUUAUGGUUUCCAAGAAGUACAGCGAGAUUGAAGAGCUCUACCAUAAACUGGCAGCACGAUAUCCACAGGCUUCUCUUCCMCUCCUGCCUAGAAAAGUUCUCUUUGUGGGGGAAUCUGACAUCUCUGAACGAAGAGCUAUGUUCAACGAUAUAAUGAAAUUCAUCUCCAGACAUGAGGAUCUAGCAAGGAGCCCUGAGUUACUGGAUUUUUUAGGAACAAAAUCUUCCAGUGCCAUUGACUUCAAGGGUGAAAACAUGCCUGAUGACAAGGAUAAAGAAGAGGAAGAAAAUGAGGUAUUGGAUUUUUUCAAAGAGGAGAAGACACCUGACUUAAUCUCACAGCUUUUAUCAGUAGAAAAUGUCAAAAAAGUGGAACAAAAAGAAGAGGAAGAUGAGGAAGAAGAGGAAAUUUUAGACCCUCUUGGUAUAAUCAGAACUAAAAAAGCAAAGAAGGCACCGGCUCCUCCAGCCAAGGAAGAGAAGCCCAAAUUAACCAUUUUUGAAGAGGAGGUGGAUCCAGAUGAAGGACUCUUUGGCCCAGAAAAAGAUUUCUCAUCAAUUGGUCCCAGAAGAAAGAUGCAAGAGAAUCUGAAGUUAUUUGAAGACCCAGACCUCGGUGGGGUGGUGAGACUGGGUGACUCACUGCUGCUGCCAGCUGCCUGUGAGCACAGCAAGGAUAUGCUGAGCAGGGAUCCUGAGGAGGACACUGAAGAACUGCUGAGAGUUGAAGAUGAUUUUGAGAAACUCUUGGAAGUUACCUCUAAACCAAAACCUAAGGUUCCACCAAAACCACCACUGCCUCAGAAGCCAGCAGUUGCCCCCAGGAGCACUAAUUCACCUUCACUGGCAAAGCAAAAGGAAAACAAGAUUCAGACAAUGAAUGAAGUGGACAUUCUGCAGUAUAUCCAGGAAAAUGAAUCUAUCAACAACCAGGAUACCAGUCUUUUUUGAACAUAUGUAUUUUUAAAAUGUGGUGAUGCCUUCUUGGCCCCAAYUCCCAGUGAGCUCCAGUGACAGCAGCAAGAAUUGACCAGGUGUUUUUACUGUCACAGUGCUCAUUUCUGUACCAGGAUAGAGAGAGCAGCAAGUUUGAGUAGCUGAACCUCCAUCUGAGAUUUUCAGAGCAGUGCAGCAGUGAUGUAAUUUUGCCUUAGAUUUUUAGGGUUUUACAGGGAAUGUUGACAAGGAUGCAGGACUGCAGAUUGUUUACUGCAAUUUUAGUAUCAACGUAGUACAGUUUUGGCCAGUUGAUUGAAAAUGUUGUGUGCAUGAUGACUGUGAAUAAUGUCCAACAAAUGGUGUGAGGCAAGAUAGGAUGCUGUUCCUGUMAUUUUUAAAUAGUGCAUUUCAGCUCACUGGAAGGGCUAUUUUGCUUUUAUCCAGUGCAUUUUUGUAGCAGCCUUUUCCUCCCUGACUGGUAUUUUGGUAAUUUUUAACAGGAACUGCUAAAUAUAGUUAACAGUUCCUCUGUAUUUCAGUGGAACACUGAAAUCCCAACUAAGYCUGACAAUCUGCUGCCUUAAUUGCUGCACAAAUGCCAACUUGUAAGAGAACUUCAGGCCUGCAAAGACCACACUWUGCCUCUCUGACUCCUGGGGAACAUAGCAAAUGACUGAGGGUGGCYGAGAACAUUCUCCAGACAUAGAUGGAGGUUGCAGUACAUGGGAGGUUUGGGUGCUGUARGUCUCCUGUGAGCUCCAGAUUCACAAGGGCUAAUUUUUUCCAGYCAAGUCUUCCUGAGCUUCCACUGUAAUUAGUGGAGAGAGAUUUUUCCAGGAGUUGAUUCAGUGCAGGUGUGUUAAUGGAGGAGCUCUGAAUUGCUCUCUGGAGUCAAYUCUUUCUCUCUUGUUCCUUCACUUAUCCCAGAACUUUAAAAACCAGCCAUAGUGGUUAAUUCCACUAAGCUAAAACGAGUUUUUGUGAUAAGACAGUGGUCUGUUUUUCACCAUGCAGUGGUUAAAACARGAGAGGACAAACUUGGCAUUAUCUAGAGGGGAAAAAAUAGGAAAAAAAAUAUCCUGGAGAAUUUUUAAUAUGCAGGAAAAGAAAAGCAUGAUAGAAUAGGCAUCCAAGACUUUCCCUCUUCUUGUCCGACUUAGGCACUCUGGUCGAAGAUACUGAAUGUACAACUGAUGUGGGUUGAUACCUGCUGUCAUACAGAAGGAGAUUGCUGAACUCAUUCCAUGUGUGAUCUAGCCAGAGAUGAAGACAAGCUUCCAAGARGGAAAAUUUUAAUAUAUUUAAGCCAUAUUAUUAUCCCAAUAUUUGCCUUUCUAAUAUAGAAUAAAAUUAAUAGAAAGCAUUAUAUAUUUUUAAUAAUGAAAUUAUUUCUAUUAGCAUUUCUUUUUUAAGCCAAUGGAAAAUAUUAUAAAGGUAUUUUGCUUUGAUGGGACAGGUAAAAUAUAACCAUUGGUUGUCCUUUGUGUAUGGUAUGUUUUACUGUAAUAAAACAUUUUGCUAAUGUGCAGGUGUUACUGUUGUUG